AUGUCAGAAAGUCCCACCACUGCUUCACGCAAUCAAAGGGAUCCUGGUAGUCCAACUAUCACGGGAAUUCCAUCCAUCCUAACAGUCCUUCGCGAGCCCGAGUCCUUCUCGACUAUCGACGAUAGACGAGGGCAACAGUACCGUCAACAGUCUCCGGAGACAGCCUCCAAGUUAGCGCGUGAGACCCUGAUUAGCAUGUGUAAGACCAUUGGUCUUGUCGGCGCGCAGCUCAACAAUGGGACAAAUGAUUCCGACUUCCAGCUAAGACAGCUUAUUCACUUAGCGCGCAACAUAACCAAGCGGCUUGACAGUCCUGAGCCGAACGGGCAAAACGGACACGCUGGCCCUCCUCGCAUGGACUAG